GGUCACUGAUCACAGUUGUUCAUUAACGUGCAGACGAGGACAGGCAGACCAGCCCGUACCAACCGAACACUUAUCGAUCUCAGACUUCCUCUGGACCGGAGGCUUGUUCAAAGUCUGUGUUUCUGAACGGAUUAUUUGUUGUUCCAGGAGUUUCAUCAGGGUUAACACAGUUCUUUAUCAGACUUUAAGAAAGCAGAUUGAAGACUAAGGAUUUAUUUAGACCUGGAUGUUGGACGGUGAGUCACACAAGAGGCCCGUCUGUUUUCAGUCUCGGGUGAAGAGGAUCCAGAGGAUCGAUGUAAACCCCUUCAGAUCUUCUUCUUCACCUGAACACACUGAGAUCUCAGAUUUCUGACAUGUAGAAACUGUGGAGCGGACACAUUCACUCUAACGGGACCAGGGAACGUCUGAAGGAUCAACAUGCACAGCCCGGUCUCUCUAACCCUCCUGGGGGUGUUGAUGACGGCGGUGGUCGCCAACAAGAUGCUGGACGAGUGUUUGUCCUCGAAGCGUAACUUCACCCUGAACGUGGUGCUGCUGGAGGACAACACGUACGAGUGGAGUCGACCGUUUGUGCAGCUGGCCGUAGAACGAGCCAUCGAGGCGGACCGACUGGAGAACGAAAAAAAAAAUUUAAAUUUCUCUCUGACGGCAAACUACAACGGCUUCAGCACCAACAUGUACAACCGGCAAGGCUGUGGGAGCAGCACCUGUGAGGGCGUGGCCAUCCUCAAGAAGCUGCAUAACAAAGGGGAAGUUGGAUGCGUCAUGCUCGGCCCGUCCUGUACCUAUGCCACCUUCCAGUUUGUGGAUGACGACAUCGGCCUCAGUCUGAGUAUUCCCGUCAUCUCUGCGGGGAGCUUCGGCCUCUCCUGUGACUACAAACCCAAACUGACCCGACUCCUGCCCCCCGCACGCAAGAUCUCAGACUUACUGAUCAACUUUUUGAAGGAAACGUUACCGUUUAAGGAUGAAUGGAAACAGGUCUAUGUCUACAAGAAGUCCAGCAACGUGUCUGAGGACUGCUUCUGGUAUAUCAAUGCGUUGGAAGCAGCCUCGAACAACUUUGCAACGAGGACAAACAGAAUAAUGCUGCGAGGGGAGGCAGAUUUUGAGAGUGCGAUCGCAAAGUCGGACAGACACAGCAACAUUUUCAUCCUGUGUGGGAGCAUCGAUGACGUUGUUUCCUUAAAGAGUAAGGUCAGAAAGAUCGACGAUGAAAUCAUGUUCAUGCUCCUCGAUAUUUACAAUCCGGACUACUACACCAACACCACCUCCAGUAAGGGGAUGGAGGACGUGCUGGUGAUCACUCUGCCUCAGAGGAACUACACCUACGGAGAAAACUCAACGUACAACGACACGAUCAAUGACUAUGUGGCCGGGUACCAUGACGGAGUUCUGCUGUUCGGUGAAGUCCUCCGACAGAAGAUGCUCAGUGAGAGAAGGAACAAGAAAUCCAAAGACGAUUCUCUGCCUGGCAACCCUUUUGGAAACAUGACCUUUGUCGGUAUGGGAGGACACUACGUGCUGGACGAGUACGGAGACAGAGACGUUAACUUCUCCAUGAUCUACACCAGAGCCUCAGGAAAGUAUGAAACUCUGUUGGUGUUUGACUCAUCGAGGAAUGAAACCAUCGUGAUCGACACCAACCCCGCUCUGCCCUGGAAGGGGGGCCGCCUGCCUCACGAUGUGCCCAAGAGUACCAACGCAUUUAACACACAGGAUGUGAUCGUCAUCGUCCUCAGUCUCAGCGUUGUCGUGGUGACAGCCAUCGCUCUCAUCUUCUACAGACAGAACAGGAAGGAGCGUCUGAUGCAGAAGAAGUGGUCUCACAUCCACCCACACCUGAUCGCUCCGCUGGACGAGAAGGCCGUCUCUCUGAAGAUCGAUGACGAUAAGAGGAAGGACAGCACAUACUUCAGUCACAGAGGACGCUACGACAAGAAGCCCGUCAUCUUAAAGGAGCUGAUGCACACGGACAGAGACUUCACCGAGGAGCAGAGGAUCGAGCUCAACACGCUGCUGCGGAUCGAUUAUUACAACCUGACCAAGUUCUACGGCACAGUGAGGUUUGAGUACGGAGUGUUUGGAGUGUUUGAGCUCUGCCAGAGGGGAUCCCUCAGGUACAUUCUGAACGACAGGAUCUCUUAUCCCGACGAGACCUUCAUGGACAUGGAGUUUAGAAUCUCCGUCAUGUACGACAUCGCAAAGGGCAUGUCCUACCUCCACUCCAGUAACAUCAACAUGCACGGACGCCUCAAGUCCACCAACUGUGUGGUCGAUAACCGGAUGGUGGUGAAGCUCACUGACUUCGGAUGUCACACCAUCCUGAAGCCGGGCAGAGACGUGUGGACAGCCCCGGAGCAUCUCCGUAAAGAUGGAGUGUCUCAGAAAGGAGACGUCUACAGCUACGCCAUCAUCGCUCAUGAGAUCAUGAUGAGACAGACUCCUUUCUACACACAGUACUGCUCGGACCCGACAGAGAAGAUCUACAGGGUGCAGUACCCCAGUGGGAUGAACGUCUUCAGACCGGACCUGGACUUUAACAGAGCGUCAGAGAGAGAGAUCGAGCUGUACAGUCUGAUCAGAAGCAGCUGGGACGAAGACCCCGAACGGAGGCCCGACUUUAAGAAAAUAGAGUUAACGCUGGGAAAGAUUUUCAGUAAUCUGCACAACCAGGCCACGGAGACGUACAUGGACAACCUGAUCCGCCGGCUGCAGAUGUACUCGAGGACUCUGGAGCGUCUGGUGGAGGAGAGGACGUCUCUGUACAAAGCGGAGCGAGACCGAGCCGACCGCCUCAACUUCAUGCUCCUCCCCGGGCCUGUGGUGCGUUCACUGAAGGAGACGGGGAAAGUGAAACCGGAGCUCUUCGAGGAGGUGACCAUUUACUUCAGCGACAUCGUGGGUUUCACCACGCUCUGUCACUACAGCACGCCCAUUGAGGUGGUGAACAUGCUCAACCACAUCUACAAGCACUUUGACAGCAUCCUCGACCACCAUGACGUCUACAAGGUGGAGACGAUCGGUGAUGCGUACAUGGUUGCGUCCGGUUUACCUAAACGUAACGGUGACAGUCACGCCGUGGACAUCGCCCACAUGGCUCUGGACAUCCUGGCUUUUGUGGGGACUUUUGAACUGCAGCACCUGCCAGGUAUCCCUCUGUGGAUCCGGAUCGGCGUGCAUUCAGGUCCGUGUGCAGCGGGAGUUGUGGGGAACAAGAUGCCUCGUUACUGUCUGUUUGGAGACACAGUCAACACAGCAUCACGCAUGGAGUCCACAGGCCUGCCUCUGAGGAUUCACGUCAGCGGGUCGACCAUCAGCAUCCUGCAGAGGACAGACGGAAAAUUUGAGUAUGAAAAAAGAGGAGAGACGUACCUGAAGGGCAAAGGCAAAGAGAUAACGUACUGGUUAACAGGAGUGACAGGAGGGAAUUACAACCUGCCGACACCGCCGACAGCGGAGAACUUCCAGCAGCUGCAGCAGAAUCUGGCCGAGAUGAUCGUUUCCAGUCUGGAGCAGCGAGGAGAAGGGAGUGAGCGCUUCAAAAAGACCCUGUCCACGAGAGUCAGUCAGGGGGAGACCAACAGCGGCCUGCAGGGCGGCGACAGCCCCCCCGACUACUUCCACCUGGCUGUCACAGAUAACCCCAGCACCUACCUGUGAUCACCGUGGCGCUCUGAAAAGGAGUGGACGAUGUAGGCGUGGCUCUGUUCUGUCCAAUCAGAGCUACUGGUUUGUGUGGACGGGUCACUUUAUUCUGCGUCCUGUGACAUCAGAGCAGCAGGGGGACAAAGGGCUGCUGCAGCGCCACCCGUCUCUCGCUGCAUCAGGACGUGAACAUCAGACUGAACCACCCACAGACAUGAAAUAUAAAAUAUGUGGUAUAAAUAAGCUCCUUCUCUUUUUUCUUGUUGGACUGAAACGUUUUCACUGCGGCUGUUUUCUACGUGAUGAACUGAGCUUUUUUUAUAACAAACAUGAGAAAUGAGCACAUUGAAAAAGCCACCACCUGGGGGCGCCAGAGUCAAAUAAAUCUACAUUCCUGAAGUAAAUAGAUGGAAAUGAUUUAGAUUUAACCAUGUUUUGGCCUUUCAGAUAAUAUUUUUCCAUGUCAUUAAAUCAUGUGUGAAGUGAUGUUUUUUGCAUUCAGUCAAAUGUUUUUGCAGUUGACCUUCAGGGCCACCGUAGAUUUACAUCUUUAAUUAGUUCUUAAUUCUUUUACAUCCAAACUGUAUUCAGCAAACUAUCUAAAGUGCACAAAUACUAAAACGUUGUCUCUCUCUGUCUCUGCAGCUUUUAGUUAAAAGUAUUUUUCCCUGUGGAUAAUAAUAACUCACACACUGAGUGUACUCUCUCA